AUGGCGAUUAAACUUAAGAUAUUAGCAGGAAGUACCAUAGAUGAUUGUGAAGCUGUAGACUACCAAGGUGGAAAGCCUGUCGAUGUGAACAACCCGCAUUUCACUGGACAGGUUGCAGUACUGUUGAAGAACGACGAGCAGUCACAUCCGUAUUUCAACGAUGAGUCCAACAAAGGUAUCACAUGGUCAAUACAGCUGUGCGGUGUCUUGCACGACGACGAUGUGGAUUGUGACAAUCUCGUCUUCGGUAAUCAAUUUUCACACCCGAUUCGGCAGCAUUUGCCAUGGGGAAGUGCAAUGGCUGUGAAGUUUAUUAAAUACCUCGAUCCAACACUCACAGAGGAUUUGCAGUCCGAUACGCCCUGGGCAUUUAGCCCUCUGUGUAGCACUGUCGAGAGAUUGAACGUAUCGGACAAUUCAGACACGAGUAAGAUGAAGAAUGAACAAGACUUGAUUAUAGAAGAAGACAUAAGCUGUCUGAUUCACAAAGAUGAAACUAGUAAGCCUAAAUGUGGUAAUGCUAGUGCUCGCAAAAAAUGGUUCAAGAGUGAAAGCCGAAGGAAAGGCCUCAACUUGUCCAAAAAAAGAGUUGCUUUUGAUUUCGCUAAAGGAUUCAUCAAUUUCUCAACUCUAUCGCUCUCAUUUCCCGAAAUUGGCCUGAACAUAGGUUUGCUUAAACACUGGGAUGGUCAACCCGUUAGGUUCUAUCUACGCAACAGGAACACUGGCGUCGAUUACGCGGUGAUCCAGUUCAUUAUCGAAGAUGUAGGCCAGGAUGCACCAGCACAAACGAAACAAUUGGCAGAGGAGAAAAAUAUCGGCACUGAUAAUUGA